AGGACCUUCUGCCGUUCCCACUUCCAUGCCAGCGCCAAUGUGUAGAAGACGAGGCCGCUUGCAUUUAUCCCGACGAAGAGCUCUUUAGCAUCGAGUCUGCGAAAGGUGAAAAUUCAAACGGAUCUUGCUACUGGAUCAGUUUCGCGGUUUUGGUCGUUCCUCAAGAUCCGGAUCAUCCUUUUUUGAGGUCAGUACAAUAGAUGUAUAGCGGUAUUUCGAUUUUUUUCCCGAUUUCGAUCCAUAGAGAUGUGUUUCGUGUUUACUCAUAUGUUUUUGGUUUUCUUUGAUGCCUUUUUUUUUGCCUACAACCAGCAGGAAAGUUUAUCGAAGAUAUCAACUUUUAGGAAGAAGCCACCAAAUUUUUUGUUCGUAAAUCCUUGUGCGCACACUGCGUGUUAGUACACUUACAAACUUAUUUAUCGAUGACGCCACUGUCAUUUUUCCCGACCGCCUCUUCUUAGAACAGCACAAGGAAAGCUCAAGUGAGCAAUUUUUGAGAGUUUGUUAUUUCACGAGUACAUACAUCAUAGUUUUUCCCACUCGUGGACCACCAGCAGAGACCGUGAUAAAGGAAAGGUCAGUUAUCCCCCUGCAAGAUGGCGCCUCGACGCAAGAAAGUCAAAAUUGAACAGCUUCCGGAGGACGACGCCGGGGCAGAAAAGGCAGCCCCUGUUGCGGUGAAAAUGGAACAGCAGCUACUUCCGGAAGAAGACCUUCCCGUGAAGGUGAAAAAUGGGCCUAAAAAUGCGGAAGAAGCUGGCGCAGCCGGGGAGAGCCAUGGCAAUGGUACUAAGCAUUUUUUACGAGUCCUCUAUAAGAGAAGUGUCGUGGUCAUGUCCGGCUGUUGUAUUCAUGGCGCUAAAAUUGUUCUGAUCGUUCAUGCUUCGAGAUCUGCCACGUCCUGCUUGUGCUUUCGCGCAAAAAAAUAUAACGACGGCGGGUGAGCUUCUUUUGUUGUGCAAGGCAACUUUCACUCAUGAUUGUUCGGAAACAAGAAGUGAAAAUAUACAAUCAAUCAAUCUACUCACUUCAUCUCAUUUGCAGGUGCUGCUGCCGCCGGAGGUGGUCCUGUUUAUGAUCAGCUGGACGCGGAGCUAGAUGCGUUGUUUAAAGAGGACAAGGACGAGCAUGAAAAUAAGCUCGUGGAGCUGCCAGAUGUACAACUUCUUGCAGGUGCCGCCGCCGCCGCCGCGUUUGGGGAUGAACUACAACAACCCGAAGAGCAGGCCCCCGCAGAAAAUGAAAACAAGGUUGUGGAGCUGGGUAAUGGCAAACGAGCCUCGUUUUCGCAGUACAAAAACCGGGUGUUCAUCAACGUGCGCGAGUACUACCUGGAUAGCAGCACCGGGGAAAUGAAACCGGGUAGGAAGGGACUCACCCUGAACAAACGGGACUUUGAGAAGCUGAUGGAGUUCUUUCCGGAUAUCGACGACUGGCUCGAAACCAACGAGACCGCUGGGAAAUUCCGCGAGCUCGGGGGCGCCAAGCGCGUUACCUACAACAUCUUCAAGGGCAACAAGCUCGUCGAUCUACGGGAGUUCUACGACGGCACCGACAAGGCCGGGGAACACGAGAAAAGACCGGGAAAAAAGGGCAUUUCGCUGAACCGCGCCUGCUACAACAAACUGAAGGAAAACGCGGACCUGAUCUUUUCUUGGCUGUGAAUUUUUUUUGACCCACGCAGCCACCGGUAGUAAGUACCACUUGACUACUUCUGAUGUGCGGAGAUUUACGUACGCUUAUCUGAUUUCUACUAACAGAGUGCUGCUAAGUAGAUGAACUAGAAGUAGACAUUGAUUUGAAGUAAACAUAGUGAACCACCAAAAGAGCUAUCGCUUUCGGUUUUCUGCUCACGACGGAAUGAAAAUAUACAUGUGAAUCAAGAAAAAAUAUCCGCUUCGCCGCGGCUUUAACACGACAAAAUAAACUGAAUUUCCCUGACUUAAUUGUGUGGCUAUAAUAAUUGUGAAGGAAUUACCACUGUUCAGAU